UUAUUUUGAGGUUAUAAGUAGCUAUACUGCAUACGUAUUUAUAACAAUUUUAAACGAAGAAACUGAAAUUCUUGCUAAUUUGUGCUAAUGUGCCUUAUAUUUUAAAGGAAAAUAUUCAAUAAUUUCAAUAAUUUUAUCAGAGGAAUUGCUUAGAAGGAAUCACCAUGGAGAAACCUCAAAAGAUGCCAAAAGUGGCAAAGGUUAAAAACAAAGCUCCUGCAGAAAUACAAAUUACUGCUGAGCAACUUCUCCGUGAAGCAAAAGAAAGAGAUUUGGAAAUCUUACCGCCGCCUCCAAAACAAAAAAUCUCGGAUCCUCAUGAAUUAGCAGAUUAUCAACACCGCAAGCGUAAAGCGUUUGAAGAUAACAUUCGCAAAAAUCGCAUGGUCCUCUCUAACUGGGUAAAAUACGCACAAUGGGAAGAAAGUCAGAAACAAAUUCAAAGAGCUAGAUCUAUAUUUGAACGGGCAUUGGAUGUAGAUCAUAGGAACAUUACAUUAUGGCUGAAGUACGCAGAAAUGGAAAUGCGCAAUCGGCAAGUAAAUCAUGCUCGAAAUAUAUGGGAUCGUGCCGUUACAAUUUUACCAAGAGCAAACCAAUUCUGGUACAAGUAUACAUAUAUGGAAGAAAUGUUAGAAAAUAUUGCAGGAGCACGACAAGUGUUUGAGCGUUGGAUGGAAUGGGAACCAGAUGAACAAGCAUGGCAAACAUACAUUAAAUUUGAAUUACGAUAUAAAGAAAUACAGAGGGCAAGAGGAAUAUAUGAACGUUUUGUAAUGGUACAUCCUGAUGUGAAGCACUGGAUAAAAUAUGCUCGAUUUGAGGAAUCACAUGGCUUUAUAAAUGGAGCACGUAAGGUGUACGAACGUGCUGUCACAUUUUAUGGAGAUGAAAGUCUCGAUGAAAAAUUAUUUAUUGCCUUUGCUAGAUUUGAAGAGGGACAACGCGAACAUGAUAGAGCCCGAGUAAUAUACAAAUACGCCCUUGAUCAAAUUCCAAAAGACAGAACUCAAGAGAUAUAUAAAGCUUACACAAUACAUGAAAAAAAAUAUGGAGAUCGUUCGGGUAUCGAAGAUGUUAUUGUUAGCAAACGGAAAAAUCAGUACGAGCAAGAAGUAAAAGACAAUCCUUCAAACUAUGAUGCAUGGUUCGAUUAUUUAAGAUUAGUCGAAUCUGAAUCGAACGCAGAAGUCAUAAGAGAGACAUACGAGCGUGCGAUAGCCAAUGUCCCACCGACAAAGGAAAAACAAUUCUGGAGGAGAUACAUAUAUCUUUGGAUAAAUUACGCUCUUUAUGAAGAACUUGAAACGGAAGACAUAGAAAGAUGCCGUCAGGUUUAUAGAACAUGUAUAGAAUUAAUUCCACACAAACAUUUCACAUUUUCGAAAAUCUGGCUGCUGUACGCACAAUUUGAGAUACGUCAGAAGAAUUUAACUGCUGCUAGAAAAACAUUGGGUAUGGCGUUAGGAAUUUGUCCCCGAGAUAAGCUUUUUAGAGGAUACAUUGACUUAGAAAUCCAGUUACGGGAAUUUGAUAGAUGCAGAAUAUUAUACGAGAAGUUUUUGGAAUUUGGUCCUGAAAAUUGCACUACGUGGAUGAAGUUUGCUGAACUGGAGACACUUCUGGGUGACAUCGAUCGAGCGAGAGCGAUUUAUGAAUUAGCUGUCUCUCAACCGAGAUUAGAUAUGCCUGAACUGCUUUGGAAAUCUUAUAUCGACUUCGAAAUAUCGCAAGAUGAAGCAGAAAAUGCAAGACAACUGUUCGAAAGACUUCUAGAGCGUACUCUUCAUGUUAAGGUAUGGGUGGCGUAUGCGAAAUUCGAAUUAGCUAAUCCAGUAUCGGAAGAUCAGCCAAAUAAUGUCGUUUUGGCGAGAAGAGUAUUUGAACGUGGUAAUGAAGCAUUGCGAAGUAAUGGCGAUAAGGAGAGUAGAGCACUACUCUUGGAAGCUUGGAGGGACUUUGAAAGUGAAAGAGGUGAUGAAGACAAUCUCGCCAGAAUAAUGGAGAAAAUGCCACGAAGAAUCAAAAGAAGAAGGCGUGUUAUUAGAGAGGACGGAACAGAGGAAGGCUGGGAAGAAGUAUUCGAUUUUAUUUUCCCUGAGGAUGAGUCGCAGAGACCCAAUCUCAAAUUUUUGGCAUCUGCGAAAGCCUGGAUGAAACAGAAGACAACCAAUGACACCGAUUCAUCGGAAUCCACGACGAGGUACACAACGUCUACGUGAUGCUCCUUCAUGCCAAAACAACCAUUAAAGUAGACAUCAUACCACUUCUCGUUACUUGCUAACUAUGAACAAUUUGAAGGGUUCACGAUGUUUUCAUUCACCGCGUCCCCUCAUGAUAGAAUUGCUAAAGCAGUUGUCACAAGAUCUUUGGAUACAACAGCUACAGUGAAUAUGAUAAAAUGAUUUUGACAACUUUACUAAUCCUAUUAUUUAUAGGUCACUACUUCUCAACUAAUUCGGUAUCGCUUAUAUACACAUUUAUACAAUAUAUAAGUACAAAUUCAAAAUUAAUGAUAUGGCUAAUCACACUGUAAACUAUCCAAUUUCAUCUCUAAUAUUUUUCUGAUGCGAGUCAAUGCUAAUAUCUGCAAUAUAUAACUAAAAGAAUGAAAUAUUUGUACUGACCGUUUCAGGCAAUCUGUCAUGGUAGGAAACGCUGAGAUACUAUAUAAAGAAGUAUAAAAUGAUGGCUAGACUUUCUUAUGUAUCUGUACAACAAAUGCCUUUGGUUAAUUAUUAAAAGAGAAUACAAUGUAAAUUAAUAAAAUGUAAAAAAUAUAUAAUAGAAAUCUAAAACGAAAUAGCAUGCUGAGAGCAUGUUUUGCUAAUAGAGCAACUUGAAAGUUGAUCCCCGUAUAUAUAUAUCAAUUAUGUACAAUGAUUUAUUCAAUAACAGAAAUGAUGUGACCUAAGCUUUAGGGGUACAUGAUUCAUUCGAGUUGCGUAUUAUGCUUCACUUUCCAUGCUCUCAGAAUUUCCAUCUUGAAUGUAUUUAA